AUGGAGUCUAAGAAACGUAUAAAGAUCUGCUGGGGCACCAGCGUACAGUCAGCUUCUUUCCGCCAAACCAUCGUCAACCACAAAACAGGCACCGCACGAACGUGGGAGAAGCAAGAGCCAAGUCACUGGAAGCAAAAGGGAACUGUAUUGGGCAAUCCGGAAGAUCCAGAGAAUUACUACAGUGAACGGAAGAGUUUGGGUGUUCCGAGACGACAAGAUUAUAAGCUGCAGUCUUCUUCCACUUCAUCUUCAUCAUCUCCAGAAGAGAAAGAUAAUAGUAAACCCGUGGACAAGACAGCAGACUACGACACCAGCCAACUUUAA